GUGAACCGUGAUGGCGUUCUCCACCCGGAAUCCACCCGGCGCCAGAAGGAUUAUUAUUGAGGGAGUUGCAAAAGAGGUCGAGACUCGAGAAAAUCAACCCACUUGGGCUGUUGUCCUUCUAGAACGCCGUGAUUUGUCGGGUCCCCAAGGGGAGUUAGCGCCGCCGUGGUAGAUGGAUUUCGGUUGCGUUAAUUUCAUGAUGAAAUAUGAAUAUGCGCCGUAUGAAACGUUGGCAUGAGGGCUCCACGGGACACGAUCCUCGACGGUCAAUUGGCCGACCUGCACAUUCCAUUCCCAAGUGCCCUCCCUCCGUGGAGGGUGCGCACUGUGCACUGAGCGCAUUUCCCCUGGGAAACCCAUGUGGACGCUUCAUUCUUGUUGGUCGAAGAAUUCACGGCGGAACAAAAACACCGCGCUGCUUCCCUCGCAUUGGCCGGUGGGCAGCCACUGACGUCAGAAGGGAGGAGUCUCAGAAAUGGUCCCGAACGAGACUGGUGGAACCCCGUGACUGAAGCGGUUCAGGAGGCGAGGCCGACCAGGUGCUCAAGUCUCACGAUCAAGCAUCUCGAGUACGCAGGAAGCCCGGGUCGAUUCA